AUUUCCUCAAGAAAUAGGUCACCUGAAGUCUCUUAGGGAGCUUGAUAUGUACACCAACAACUUAAAGGGUCCCAUACCUGCAUCUCUAGGCAACUUGACCAAUCUGGCUUGGUUAUCUCUCUCUAGUAGUUCCUCCUCAGGUUCCAUUCCCCCAGAAAUGGGAAAUCUCUCUAGCUUGGUUGAACUUUACCUAGACAACAACCUUUUAACUGGUCCUAUUCCUUCCGCCUUCGGAAACUUGAGAAACCUUACCCUAUUUUACUUGUUCAACAAUAGUCUUUCUGGUCCAAUCCCAUCUGAGUUAGGAUACAUGACAUCUCUCACCUAUCUCAGCCUUCAAAUGAACAAUCUCUCUGGUGCCAUCCCAGCAUCAUUAGGUAACCUAAGAAACCUCCUUGAACUCAAGCUCUAUGAAAAUCAACUCUCCGGUUCCAUACCUAAUGAGAUAGGAAACCUGAACUCUCUUGUUGACCUGGAGUUGAGUGAAAAUCAACUCAUUGUCUAUAUUGGAAGUAGACCACAACCAGUUCACCGGACGGUUGCCACAGAACGUUUGCCACAGAACGUUUGCAAAGGUGGAUUACUGAGAGAUUUCACUGCAAGUGAAAACCAAUUAGAAGGUCCAAUCCCUAAAGACUUGAAAAACUGCACCAGCUUAGAGAGAAUCUUCUUAGGAGGAAACCGUCUCACGGGAAAUAUAUAUAGUGAUUUUGGUGUCUACCCCAACCUUUACAUCAUAGAUCUUAGCCAUAAUAAGUUCUAUGGUGAACUGUCGUCUAGUUGGGGAAGGUGCCCAAACUUAGCCACCCUAAAGAUCUCAGGCAACAAUAUCACUGGUAGGAUCCCGCCUGAGAUUGGAAAUUCAGGACAACUGCGGAGACUUAACCUUUCUUCAAAUGGUAUUGUUGGAGAUAUUCCAACUGAGUUGAAAAGUAUUCCAAUCGAGAUGGGCAAAUUAUUUCAGCUGUCAGAUCUUGAUCUCAGUCAUAACUUGCUUACUGGGACGAUACCAAAAGAACUUGAAGGUCUUCAGAAUGUGGUGAAUUUAGACCUCUCUUAUAAUCAGUUGCAGGGUCUUGUUCCUCACAGCCUAGCAUUUCGAAAUGCCUCGCUACAAGGGAACAAGGGCUUGUGUGGCAAUGUCACAGGAUUAAUGCCUUGCGAACAAAAUGUCUUGCGAAAGGGCCACAAGAACAACAAGAUCCCUUUUGUUAUUGUCUUCCCUCUUUUAGGUGCAGCCAUUUUGUCAUUAGCAGUUCUUGGGAUCAUCUUCAGCUUCAAAAGAAAGGUGAGAUACUCACAUUUCUCAGCAACCGUAUCUUCGUUUCCACGUCCAUCGCCAGGAGUCCAAGACAAGCUGAGGUUGAUCAUGGAGGUGGCAUCUGCAUGCUUAAAUGCCAUUCCCGAAUCUCGACCAACCAUGCACUCGGUCUCCCAGAUGUUUUCCACCUGAGACUAUUCCUUCCACAACUUCAAGAUCUUCAUCAUUACGUGUGCUGGGUUUAUUUUCCUUUUAGUUUUUGCAAACUAAUAAGAUCUCAAAACAAAUCAAUAAUUGGCAUACAUUAGUUAUUUAAUGAUAUAAUAUAAUUAUAAAUUUCUAAUCUUACA